AAGGCCAGGUCGGGGGAGGAGGCUCCUCCUCGACGCGUAGUCCCGGCAGAGUUGACUACGAUACCCAGAAAAGUCCGCUCUGACUCCAGAAAAGCAACGACUGGCGUGGGCCGCGGAGGCCAUGGGCUGCCUCGUGACCUAGUGUCCCGCCGCGGGAAGUGCCCGGGUGCUCCGGCUCCGGCACGGGGGUGGGGAGGCGAGUGCGGGCGCCCGAGCGCAGCCGAGGAGCCACGGAAGCCGCCGAAGCGGCGGGCACACCCAGAGCCGGCCAGCGGCCUCAGAGCCCGCGCCGCCCGCGACCAUGAACCGGGAGGCUAUCUGCAGCGCCCUGCCCACCAUUCCCUGCCACAAGCUCGCCGACCUGCGGUACCUGAGCCGCGGCGCGUCGGGCACCGUGUCGUCCGCCCGCCACGCAGACUGGCGCGUUCAGGUGGCCGUGAAGCAGCUGCAUAUCCACACCCCUAUGCUCGACAGUGAAAGAAAUGAUGUUUUAAGAGAAGCUGAAAUUUUACACAAAGCUAGAUUUAGUUACAUUCUUCCAAUUUUGGGAAUUUGCAAUGAGCCUGAAUUUUUGGGAAUAGUUACGGAAUACAUGCCAAAUGGAUCAUUAAAUGAACUCCUACAUAGGAAAACAGAAUAUCCUGAUGUUCCUUGGCCACUGAGAUUUCGCAUCCUGCAUGAAAUUGCACUGGGUGUAAACUACCUGCACAAUAUGAAUCCUCCUCUACUUCAUCAUGACUUGAAGACUCAAAAUAUCUUAUUGGAUAAUGAAUUUCAUGUUAAGAUUGCAGAUUUUGGUUUAUCAAAAUGGCGUAUGAUGUCCCUCUCACAAUCACGAACUAGUAAAUCUUCACCAGAAGGAGGGACAAUUAUCUAUAUGCCACCUGAGAACUAUGAACCUGGACAAAAAUCAAGGGCCAGUGUCAAGCAUGAUAUAUAUAGCUAUGCAGUGAUCACAUGGGAAGUCUUAUCCAGAAAACAGCCUUUUGAAGAAGUCACCAAUCCUUUGCAGAUCAUGUAUAGUGUAUCACAAGGACAUCGACCUAACACUAAUGAAGAAAGUUUGCCACUUGAUAUACCUCAUCGAGCACUUAUGAUCUCUCUAAUAGAAAGUGGAUGGGCGCAAAAUCCAGAUGAAAGACCAUCUUUCUUAAAAUGUUUAAUAGAACUUGAACCAGUUCUGAGGACAUUUGAAGAGAUAACUUUUUUUGAAGCUGUUAUUCAGCUAAAGAAAACAAAGAGUGCUUCGAGCACUAUUCACUUAUGUGACAAGAAGAAAAUGGAGUCAUCUCUGAACAUACCUGUAACUCAUGGACCACAGGAGGAAUCGUGUGGAUCCUCUCAACCCCAUGAAAGUAGUGAUUCUAGUAGAGCCUCAAAGUCCCUGUCAGCAUCUCCAGACAAUGAUUUUUUAUCUAGAAAAACUCAAGACUUUUCUACGCUGUGUCACUAUCCUGUAAAUCACAGUUGCAAUAGUAACAUUUCUGCAGCUCAGAAGGGGACAUUUUGUGAUCACAAGACCACCCUGUGCUCUUUAGCAGUAAUAAAUCCACUCCCAGCUGAGGGAAACUCAGCGCAGUCACAGCCUGGCAUAGCCCAACAGUGGAUCCAGAGUAAAAGGGAAGACAUUGUGAGCCAGAUGACAGAAGCCUGCCUUAACCAGUCGCUAGACGCUCUUCUGUCCAGGGACUUGAUCAUGAAGGAGGACUAUGAACUCAUUAGUACCAAACCUACAAGGACCUCAAAAGUCAGACAGUUACUGGACACCACUGACAUCCAAGGAGAAGAAUUUGCCAAAAUUAUAGUACAGAAGUUGAAAGAUAACAAGCAAAUGGGUCUUCACCCUUACCCGGAAAUACUUGUGGUUUCUCGGUUACAAUCUUUAAAUUUAUGUCAAAAUAAAAGCUUAUAAGGGACUCUUUUUCAAGAAGAAAAGUCAUUCUAUAAAAGGGUAUUUUAUAUUUCUGUUGCCUUUAUCUUAUUGGCUUUAUAAAAUCCACAUGAGUAUUGGAAGCUUUAAUGAAGUUUCUUCUUCAGGUAAAUAUUAGUCGUCUUCCAUGACAUAGUAUUUUUUAAAAUUAAUAUAUUAGAAAGUCUGCAUUUUGCUACAGAGUUCAAUUGUUUGUCUCUUUGGUUAAUUGAAAUUAUUUUUUAAAUGUAAUAAUUAUAUUCUUGUAUAUAACAAUGUCUUAAGGUGUGAUGCAUUUCUCAUGGAAGCCAUUUUCAUAUUCACUUUCUUUAUGGGUUAUUUAUUACUUGUCUAAGAUGCAGUUUGGCUUUUGGAAAUGUAGGCUUUAUACAUAAAUUAGAGCUAGUACAGCAUUUCUAACCUGUAGUACCAGGUUCAAAUCCUCACCAAAAGUUGUUCAUUAAACUUUGUUAUCCAGACUACA